CUGCCCGCACAAGUGAGUUCCUGCUCGACCUUUGAAAUGGGAGGCAGAGAAUCUGGUUCUUGUAGGGGUCCCCGUCGGGAAGACUUGCAGAGGUGGUAGCAAUGCUCUCGAGCACCCAGGUGGCUGCAGCGGAAGGUGACCAAGCGGACCUGCGGUGCCGUGUGGCGGUGGAGGAGCUGAGCCCAGGAGGGCAGCCACGGAAACGCCAGACCUUACGCACCGCGGAGCUGAGUCUGGGUCGAAACGAGCGCCGUGAGUUGAUGCUGCGGCUGCAGGCUCCGGGACCAGCCGGGCAGCCGCGCUGCUUCCCCCUGCGCGCCGCGCGUCUCUUCACACGGUUCGCCGCGUCGGGGCGCAGUACGUUGAGGCUCCCAGCAGAUGCCGUUCCCCUGGCGGGCGCCGUGCAGCUGCUGCUCUCCGACUGCCCCCCAGACCGCCUGCGGCGUUUCUUGCGCAUGCUGCGUCUGAAGCUGGCUGCGGACCCGGGUCCCGGGCCUGCCUCCGCCCGCGCGAAGCUGCUCAACCCUCGCCCCCGCGACUUCGUCACCAUCAGCCCAGUGCAGCCGGAGGAGCUGCGGCGUGUGGCAGCAACCCGGAUUCUGGACACCACGCUGGCCAAGCAGCCGAUGGAACCCGGGACUGGAGCCAAGCCCAGCAUGGAAGCCCCAAGGUGGCCUUUGCCUGUGAAGAAGCUGAGCUUGCUCCCCACCAAGACACAGCUUUCUGAGGAACAGGCUGCAGUGCUGAAGGUUGUCCUAAAAGGCCAGAGCAUUUUCUUCACUGGGAGCGCAGGGACUGGGAAGUCAUAUCUGCUGAAGCGGAUCCUGGGCUCACUGCCCCCCACAGGCACAGUGGCCACUGCUAGCACUGGGGUGGCAGCCUGCCACAUUGGGGGCACUACCCUCCAUGCUUUUGCAGGCAUCGGCUCAGGCAAGGCUCCCCUGGCCCAGUGUGUGGCUCUGGCACAGCGGCCGGGCGUGCGGCAGGCCUGGCUGAACUGCCAGAGGCUGAUCAUUGAUGAGAUCUCCAUGGUGGAGGCAGACUUGUUUGAUAAGCUGGAGGCUGUGGCCAGAGCUGUCCGCCAGCAGAACAAGCCCUUUGGAGGGAUCCAGCUCAUUAUCUGUGGGGACUUCCUGCAGUUGCCACCAGUGACCAAGGGCUCCCAACUCCCUCAGUUCUGCUUCCAGGCCAAGAGCUGGAAGAGAUGUGUGCCAGUGACCCUGGAGCUGACUGAAGUGUGGAGGCAGGCGGACAAGACCUUCAUCUCUCUGUUGCAGGCUGUGAGGCUGGGCAGGUGCUCUGAUGAGGUGACCCGCCAGCUCAGGGCCACAGCUGCCCACAAGAUAGGGCGAGACGGAAUUGUGGCCACAAGGCUCUGCACCCACCAGGAUGACGUGGCCCUCACCAAUGAGAAACGGCUGCAGGAGCUGCCAGGUGAGGUACAUAGCUUUGAGGCUAUGGAUAGCAACCCUGAGUUAGCCAGGACCCUGGAUGCCCAGUGUCCUGUUGGUCGGCUCCUUCAGCUAAAGCUGGGGGCCCAGGUGAUGCUGGUGAAGAAUUUAGCUGUGUCCAGGGGCCUGGUGAACGGCGCCCGAGGUGUAGUAGUCGGGUUCGAGACUGAAGGGAGAGGGCUGCCCCGAGUGCGCUUCCUGUGUGGAGUCACUGAGGUCAUCCAUGCUGACCGUUGGACAGUUCAGGCCACUGGGGGCCAGCUCCUCAGUCGCCAGCAGCUGCCCCUCCAGCUGGCCUGGGCGAUAUCCAUCCACAAGAGCCAGGGCAUGUCUCUAGAUUGUGUGGAGAUCUCUCUGGGACGCGUGUUUGCCAGCGGUCAAGCCUAUGUGGCCCUUUCCAGGGCCCGCAGCCUACAGGGCCUGCGUGUACUAGACUUUGACCCCAUGGUGGUUCACUGUGACCCCCGUGUGCUGCACUACUAUGCCACCCUGCGGGGGAGCAGAGACCUCCAUCUGGAGUCUCCAAAUGAUGAAGAUGCAGCCUCGGACCAGGAGAACAUGGACCCAAACCUCUGAGCCUCUGCUGUAAAAAGAAGACAAAGAAUGAUCUCCACAACUUGCAGCUCCCUAGUGGACCAAGGCCCCAAGGAAUAACUGGUGGAGGAGACCAGUGUUCCUCUGUCCCUUCUUGGGGGUUCUCAGCCUCCUUGCAGGACUAAAGGAAGAGUGCCUCCCACUCACUUACCAGCUAUGCCACAAUUUCUCCAUGAUCAGAAGUAACCUUUUUUGUGCCAGUUGGGAAUGGGUCCAAUGGUGUCAGAGGUCAAAGCUCUCAGCAAGGGAUGGACAUAGAGCCAAAGAGUCCUGAAUGCUUCUCCCUCUAGGUUGCAGAAGAGAGAAGCAGGAAAGACAGAGGCUUAAGGGAGCAGCAUCAGGCCUCUCCAGCUGGGACUGCCUUAGUCCAUUUUGUAUUGUUAUAACAAAAUACCUAAGGGUGAGAUACUUCAUAAAGAAAAGAGGUUUGUUGGUGGACAUGAUAGUGCACACCUAUAAUCCCAGUGACUCUGGAAGCUGAAGUAGGAGGAUUGCAAGUUCAAGGCCAGCCUCAGCAACUAAGCAAGACCCUAAGCAAUUUAGCAAAACCCUGUCUCAAAAUAAGAAAAACUUUAAAAGGGGGUAGGGAUGUGGCUCAGUGGUUAAGCACCCCGGGUUCAAUCUCUAGUAGCAAAAAAAAAAAAGAAAAGAAAGGAAGGAAGGAAGGAAGGAAGGAAGGAAGAAAAAGAGAGAGAGAGGGAGGUUUGUUUAACCCACAGUUCUGGGGGCUCAAGAGCAUGUAGCCAGCAUCCACUCAGCUCUGGUGUGUCCUCAUGGCAGAUGGUAUCAAAUGGCAGAAGCACACAUGAUCAUAUGGCAUGUGAAACAAGAAGCAAGAGAUGGUCCAGGUGAGGUGGGCACCUAUAAUCUCAGGGACUCAGGAGGCUGACCUAGCACCUGGAUUGUGUGGAGAUCUCUCUAGGCCAUGUGUUUGCUAGUAGUCAAGCCUGUGUCAUGUUUCCCAGGCCUACAGGAUGAUCGCAAAUUCGAGGCCAGCUUCAGCAACUUGGCAACACCCUGUCUCAAAAGAUAAAAAAAAAAAAAAAAAAAAAAGGACUGAAGGUAUGGCUCAAUGGGAAAGCACUCCUGGGUUCAACCCCAGUACCAAAAAAUUUAAAAAUGAAAAAAGAAGAUGAAGCCAGAAAUGGGGAAGGGUCUGGCUUGCUCUUUUCAUAACAACUGCUCUGGACAGAACUAAUCCCCUCCUUCCACACCUGAUACUCCUGUAGGACAGCAUUAAUCUACUGUGUGAGGACAGCGCCCCCAUGACUUAAUUACCUUCUGUUGGACCUCACAACUUAAAGAUUUAAAGGUUACAUCACCUCAGUACCACCACACUGGAGACCAAACUUCCAGUAUAUAAAUCUGGAGAGGACCUGGAGGAGACUCACACCAGGUACAGGACCAAGAGAGAGAACAAACCUGAGUUAUCCCACAGCUGGGGUCAGCCUAGCACAACCCAGAGCAAACAACCUUCUGAGCCUAACCUGAGAACAUAUGCUGCAAACGUGUGCCCAUGUUUUAUAUAUUAUAUACAUAAAUAUACAUAUAUUAAUUUUAGUUGUAGAUGGAUAUUGUAGUUACAAUUUUAUUUAUUUUUAUCUUUAUGUGGUGCUGAAAAUUGAACCCAGUACCUCAUGUGGUAGGCAAGCACUCUACCACUGAGCCACAACCCCAGCCUCCUGUGUGCCCAUAUCUUAAGCUGCUUUUUUUUUUUUGCGGGGGAGGGAUAGUGUUCUGGGGCACUGAAAUGAUUGUUCCCAGGUUGUAUUUAUUUAGGACAAAUAAAC